CUCCACCAUGGGCAGCAAAGAGCGCUACCACUGGCAGACCCAGAAUGUCAAGCAGAGCGGGGUGGACGACAUGGUGCUCCUCUCCAAGAUCAGCGAGGAGGCCAUCGUGGAGAACCUAAAGAAGCGCUUCAUGGACGACUACAUCUUCACGUACAUCGGUCCCGUGCUGAUUUCUGUGAACCCCUUCAAGCAGCUGCCGUAUUUCACCGAUCGCGAGAUCGACAUGUACCAGGGGGCGGCUCAGUAUGAAAACCCUCCGCACAUCUACGCACUGGCCGAUAACAUGUAUCGCAACAUGCUGAUCGAUGGGGAGAACCAAUGUGUCAUUAUCAGCGGAGAGAGCGGGGCAGGCAAGACAGUGGCAGCCAAAUACAUCAUGGGCUACAUUUCCAAGGUGUCUGGCGGAGGCCCCAAAGUGCAGCACGUGAAGGAUAUCAUCCUGAAGUCCAACCCGCUCCUGGAGGCUUUCGGGAAUGCCAAGACGGUCCGCAAUAACAACUCCAGCCGAUUUGGCAAGUACUUUGAGAUCCAGUUCAGCCGGGGAGGGGAGCCGGACGGGGGCCGGGUUUCCAACUUCCUGCUGGAGAAGUCUCGUGUGGUGAGCCAGAACCCAGGAGAGAGGAGCUUCCACAUCUACUACCAGCUGCUCGAAGGUGCCACCCCAGAGCAGAGAGAAAAUUUGGGUAUUACCACCCCGGACUAUUACUACUACCUCAACCAGUCUGCGGCCUACAAGGUGGACGACAUGAAUGACCAUCAGGAGUUCCAGGAGACUUUGACAGCCAUGGACGUGGUGGGCCUCUCUGGCGAAGAGCAGGCCCUGGUGCUUCAGAUCGUGGCUGGUAUCCUCCACCUGGGCAACAUCACCUUCCGGGAGUCGGGCAACUAUGCCGUGGUGGAGAGCGAGGACUUCCUGGCGUUCCCCUCCUACCUCCUGGCCAUUGACCAGCAGCGCCUGCGGGAGAAGCUGACCAGCCGCAAGAUGGACAGCAAGUGGGGCGGGAGGCAGGAGGUCAUCGAUGUGACGCUGAACGUCGAGCAGGCCAACUUCACCCGUGACGCCCUCUCCAAGGCCCUCUAUACGCGCCUCUUUGACUACCUGGUGGAUGCAGUCAACAAGGCCAUGCAGAAGGACCGGCAGGAAUACAGCAUUGGUGUCCUGGAUAUCUACGGCUUUGAGAUCUUCCAGAAAAAUGGCUUUGAACAGUUCUGCAUCAAUUUUGUGAAUGAGAAGUUGCAGCAGAUCUUUAUUGAGCUGACCCUGAAGGCCGAGCAGGAAGAAUACGUCCAGGAGGGCAUUCGCUGGAGCCCCAUCGAUUACUUCAACAACAAGGUGGUCUGCGACCUCAUUGAGAACAAAGUGAACCCUCCAGGGCUCAUGAGCAUCCUGGACGACGUCUGCGCCACCAUGCAUGCCAAGGGGGAAGGGGCCGACCACACCCUGCUGCAGAAGCUCCAGACGGCCCUGGGCACCCACCCCCACUUCAACAGCUGGAACAAGGGCUUCGUCAUCCACCACUAUGCCGGCAAGGUGUCCUACGACAUGGAGGGCUUCUGCGAACGAAAUCGUGACGUUCUGUUUACGGACCUCAUCGAGCUGAUGCAGAGCAGUGAGCUCCCCUUCAUCCGAGACCUGUUUCCAGAAAGCCUGAAUAUUGAGAAGAAAGGACGCCCCACCACGGCCGGCAGUAAAAUCAAGAAACAAGCCAACGACUUGGUGGGCACCCUGAUGAAAUGCACCCCACACUACAUUCGCUGCAUCAAGCCCAACGAGACCAAGAGACCCCGUGACUGGGAGGAGAGCAGGGUGAAGCACCAGGUGGAGUACCUGGGCCUGCGGGAGAAUAUCCGGGUGCGCCGAGCUGGCUACGCCUAUCGGAGGGCCUUCCAGAAAUUUCUCCACAGGUACGCCAUCCUGACCCCACAGACGUGGCCUUCCUGGCGUGGGGACGAGAAGCAGGGCGUGGUGCACCUGAUGAAGUCAGUCAACAUGGACCCCGACCAGUUCCAGUUGGGCCGGACCAAGGUCUUCAUCAAAGCCCCUGAAUCGCUCUUCCUUCUGGAGGAGAUGCGGGAGCGCCGUUAUGACGGCUACGCCCGCGUCAUUCAGAAGGCCUGGCGGAAGCACGUGGCCGUGCGCAAGUACAUCCGGAUGCGGGAAGAAGCCUCCAACAUUGUCCUGAACAAGAAGGAGCGGCGGCGAAACAGCAUCAAUCGGAAUUUCGUGGGCGACUACAUCGGGCUGGAGAACCGGCCGGAGCUGCGGCGCUUCGUGGGCCGGCGGGAGCGCAUAGACUUUGCCGACACCGUCGUGAAGUACGACCGGCGGUUCAAGACGGUGAAACGGGACUUGAUCCUCACCCCCAGAUUUGUCUACCUGAUUGGCCGCGAGAAGGUGAAGCAAGGGCCAGAUAAAGGGGCCAUCAAGGAGGUCCUGAAGAGGCAGAUCGAGUUGGAGAGGAUCCAGUCGGUCUCCUUGAGCACGCUGCAGGACGACUUCAUCAUCAUCCACGAGCCCCAGUACGACAGCGUCCUGGAGUCCACGUUCAAGACGGAGCUGCUCAGCUUGCUGUGCAAGCGCUAUGAAGAGAGGGCCCAGAAGCCCCUGGCCGUCAAGUUCAGCAACCAGCUGGAGUUCAAGGUGAAGAAGGACGGGUGGGGCCCUUGGGGGGCCGCCGGCUCCCGCCAGAUCCAGUUCCAAAUCUGCCAGGGGGACCUGGCUCUGCUCCGCAACAACGGCAAAGUGCUGGUCGUCAGCAUCGGACCCGGCUUGCCCCGAAACGCCCGGCCUACCCGGAAGGAUAACAGGAAGAGCCGUUACCUCGGUGGGGCCCCUGCCCCGGGCUGGAACACCCCAAGCGCUGCAGGUAAUAGACCACUGUUCAGAGGGCCCGGGGUCCGGCAGUCACGUCUCUCCAUGACCCGGCAAGUCAGCAUGGAGCAACCCAGCCUGCCCCGGCAAGGUGCCAGCCCCAGAGCCAAGGCGGCCCCCGCCCAUGUCAACCUGGACUUCAUGAACGUCCCAGACCAGGGCGUGGCUGGCCUGCAGCGGCGCCUCUCCAAGGAAGCCAAGCCCGUCCCGGGAGGAGGCCGGGCCAAGCCCAAACCCAAGCCGAAACCUCAGCCCCGCCUCCCGCAGUGCCGGGCGCUGUACGCCUAUGACGCCCAAGACACAGAUGAGCUCAGCUUCAACGCGGAUGAGAUCAUCGAAAUCAUCAAGGAAGAUCCUUCCGGCUGGUGGCAGGGCCGGAUCCGGGGCAAAGAAGGCUUGUUCCCAGGGAACUACGUGGAGAAAUUCUGA